AUGCGUCUCAUGCGGCCCUGCUGGUCGCGCUCGCAGCGACGGCGCUGGCGCCCGUUCGGCUGGUUCCGCGCGCCGCCGACGCACGUGACCGACGACGACGGCGACGAGUCGCUCGACACGGCGGCGGCGAUGGAGACCAAGGAGGGCGACGACGACGACCUCGGCGACGACCUCGACGUCGACUGGUCCAAGAAGCGGCGCCCGCGGAGAAAGAAGAAGAAGAAGACCAAGUCGGCGAAGCAGAUCAAGGCCAUGUUCAAGAAGCGGAAAGCGCGAAAGAAAGCGCUCGAGAAGCAAAUGCGGCGCCUGAGGGCGCUGGAGGACGACGGCGUGUUUUUGGAAUGUUUCCAGUGCUUCGAGGAGGCGACGAAGCGCAAGUGCUGCGGCGGCCAGCUCUGCGACUUCUGCUACGACAUGUCGGGCGCCUGUCCCGCGUGCGGCGUCGCCGUCAAGGACGGCAAGCCGCUGGCGGAAGUGGACGUGGAGGAGCCGAUAGAUCUGAGCGAGCUCGACGCCGAGGCGGCGGAGGCGGAGCGGCAGCGGCGUCUCAAGCGCGAGAUCACGCAGGAGCUUUUGGAGUGCAGGAUUUGCCUGAACCCGGGCGUCCGCCGCAAGUGCUGCGACGGCUGCGUCUGCGACGCCUGCUACUCGAAGCGCCCGACGUGCCCGGUCUGCGGCAAGGACGCCGCGAAGCGCGGCUUGGGCAACUUCUCGUUGGACGACCCGGGCAUGCUGCCCGUGCUCGCCGGCUGGUGCCUCACGCUCUUCGUGGUCGCCGCCGCGAUCGGCGCGUACGUGUUCGUCGCGCACGUCGCACAGCGGGACAUACGGACGCUCCACGGCUUCAAGUGCUACGGCUUCUUUCCGCGCUGCGACCGCCUCGAGUGCGUCGAGCUCCACGACCGGCACGACUACGCGGCGCCGGCGGGCCUCGGCGGCGACCUCAACCUCACGAACAUCGCGACGUGGCGGCGCUGCAACCUCGACUCGGUCGUCAAGGCCGUCGGGAGCACGUGCAUCUUUGAUUUCGACCUCUGGGCGCAGUCGGGCAAACGGCUGGGCUACGACUUCUGCGUGGGGACGACCGCGGCGAGCCAGCCGCGGCAGGUGGCGGGCGACGAGGUCCAGGACGCGGCGUUCGCCGACGGCGUCUACGUCUUCGACGACGACUUCCGGUCGUGGCCGGCGGGCAACGCGAGCGCGUUCCGCGCGAACCGGCGCGCGUCCGGGCGGUGGCAGUCGGUCUUCGGCGGCGCCGUCGACGCGGGCUGCGGCGGCGGCGUCGCGCUGCGGUUUUCGGGGGCGAGGACGCGCGAGGCGACGACGGUGCCGCUCGACGUGCGGCACGGCGGCCAGGUCAGCUUCGCCUUGAAGCUCGCGCCGGUCGGCGCCGACCGGCGCGAGUGCGCCGGCAACUACGGCUCGUCCGUCACGCUGUGGUACAGCGUCGCCGGGUCCGUGGCGUGGACCCCGUUCGCGACGUUGGAGCCGUACGCGUACGCGAGCCCGGACUUCAGGUGGGUCUCGGCGCGGAUCCCCGACGGCGGCGCGACGCCGGCGACGCGCUUCAAGAUCAGCCAGCCGUCCUUUUUGCGGGGCCGCGAGCACUGGGCCGUCGGGUCCAUAAACGUCUUCCACCGCUUCGCGCGGGACUGGAAGGCCGCGGCGCAGUGGGCGGGGCGGGGCGCCCUCGACGACGACGACGUCGGCACGCUCCUGGACGCCCGCGAGGACAUCCGCGUGGCGCAGUGCUGCUACGAGACGGACCAGUGCGAGGCGCGGACCAGCGCGAGACGGACAGUGCGAGACCGGUGGCGCAGGCCGACGAAGGUCGUCGACGGCCGCCUCUACAAAGCGUCGCUGCGGCGGCACGCCGCGUUCCGGCCCGCCUGCGCGCCAAACUGCGGCGGCGAAAAGGAGUGCUGCGCGAGCGGCUGCCCGGCGGUCGUCAACCUGACCCGACGCUGGGACGUCGUCGCCGCGACCGAGAAAGAGGACUGCGACGAGGUCGACCGGCGGGCCGACGGGUGCCGCGCGUUCGACGUGCCCGCCGAAAGGCGCGCCAACUACGCGGGGGUGCGACCGGGCAAGCGGCCGGAACGGCGCCACGCGCGGGAAAAGGACGCGAACGCCAAGGACCGCUUCCUCUUCGUCGACCAGGACGCGCGCUUCUUCCGUCGCCUCAACGGCGCGUACCUCUACGUGUCGAUCGCGGGCCUCUUCGCGCUCUACAACGUGGUCUACUUCCUCGUCAAGGUCUACUUCGUCAAGGGGCCCCUCGCGUUCUACGACAUGGUCGUGCCCCAGUGGGUCAACGCCGCCGCGGCGUUCCUCGCGCGCGCGUGCCAGUGCGACUUCCGCCUCGACGCCGAGGACAGCGACGACGAGUUCGACGCGUACGGCGACGACGACGACGACGGGGACGCGGCGCAGAAGCACGUCUUCGAGCUCGACGUCGACGUCAAAUGGCAGCUCCGGUUCGCGGCGGCGACCGUGCUUCCGUUCUUCGCGUUUCUGGCGCUCGCGGCGGGCGUCGCCCUAACGGACUGGAUCGACGCCGACCCCGCGACGGGCCGGCCCGGGCCGACCGUGCUGUACACGCCGCUCCACGCCUUCGGCGGCGUCGUGGUCUUCGACUUUUUGUGGUGGGUCGUGCCCGUGGGCGCGGUGUGGGUCGCGCCGGUCCCUCGCUUCGUCGUCGUGGCGCUCGCCUGCGUCCUCGACGCGCGGCCCCUCUACAAGGUGAGCAAGGAGGUCGUGUGUCUUCUCCCCCACUGGGUCGAGCUCGUGUACGUGAACACGCUGCCCGAGGUGAGCGCGCUGACCGUCGGGUCCGAGGACCCGAAGGAAGCCGAGGUCGCCGUGCCGCUCGGGGCCAUGGAGGAGCUGAGCCGAUUCACGAGGGGGCAGUGCGUCGCGUGCGCCCUGCUCUACAUCCUCGCGUGCCAGCCGUUCGCGCUGGCGUCGCUCUACGUCCACUUUUUGCGCCUGCCGUACGACGGCGUUGACCGCUGGGCGGGCGGCGCCCUGGGCGCCGUCGUCUGCUGGCGCGCGCUGUGCGGCCCCGACGUGUUCGUGAAAGCCGCGCUCGCCGCGGGGUUCCUCUUUUCGACGGUCCCCGACCGGCGGAACCUGAUCGGGACUGCGGUCUGCGACGAGCGGACCAAGUUCAUCGCGGGGUACUCGACGCUGGCCGCGCUCGCGAUCACCGUGCCGAUACUCUGCUCGGACACGUCCGGCCACGACCGACGCGAGGGCCUCGAGGUCCUCGAGGGCGUCGCCAUGGUCGCCGCGGCCGCCGCCGUCUACGGGCUCUUCGUCGGCGUCGUCCAGGGCCUCCCCGUGACGCCCGCGAUCCGGCUGACGAAGGUCGCCGGCGGCCACUACGUCACGUACAUGCGGCGGACGCAGUGCCCCUGCUUUCACCGCUUCACGGAGUGCUCCACGAUGCACUCGCGGCGCCAGAUCGUGGUCCUCUUCGUCGAGGACGUCACGACGUUCAUCGGCACGCUCCGCGGGGAGAACGUGGUGGCCGCCGCGUGACGGCUUAUUUUCCCUAGGACACGCUCAUCGGCGCGUCGAUCGCCGGGCUCUUUGUCCACCAGCCGGAAUAGGUACUCCCUUUGUCUGUGGUGUGCGCGAGAACCCCGCCGACUCUAAAAUGAUUUUCAAGUUUCUAGUACGGUGCUAAGGCUCGGACAGGCCUUGCUGCGAACACAUGUCCUACUCGGCUACUACGGCUAGUACGUUGGAACCUCAGCAGAGGGGCCAGUGGCCAGCUCGUACGUCGCGGAGAGCUCAGGUGGACGAAUCAAUCGUGGUAGAUUAUCUAUUACGGUGCUAGGACUAGUGGGCGGCGCCCCUGGAGGGAGACACCGCGCGUCGCCGAUUCAUCGGCGGCGGAAAUCUCGGCGGAAGACGACUUAGAACCCCAACGCUCUCGACGUAGAAACCCGCGAGCUCAGGAGGCUCGGGGCUCAAUCGCCAGUGUUUUAUCCGGGCUAGCGGCUGUAAGACACUAGCAAGCAGGCAGCAAAACUGGCAGCCGUAGAGCUAAAGAGCAUUGUCAGAGGCCGGGCGAGACGAACGGCGAAAAAAAGCUGUAUGGUACAGGGUCGUUUUUUACAUCGAUUAUCUUCGCGUCGACUGAGUAUUGCUUUGCACGCGGCAUCCUACCAGCGGUCGCUGGGGACGAGCGGCGGCAAGUCGCGUCGAAUCUUUCGAGAAGACGUCCGCCCUCUGGGAACGGGGCUCGCGUUUCGACGUUCGGUCCCACGCAGGCGCGUUCUGAGAUGAGGAGGGUCGUGGCGCGCAUAGCGCUAUGCGCGCUGUGCGCGCGCGCCGCGGUUCCGCCACUCGACCCCGACGCGCGCGAGGAAACGGCGGAUCUCAUUGUCGUGGGCCGGAUUGUCUCCGCGACGGCCGAAGAGGUGAGCCGCCGCGAAGGCCACGUCGACUCGGUGUCGAUCGGACAGCUUGAGGUGGAAGUGGCGCUCAAGGGCGACGCCGCCGCGACGCAGACCGUCUACUGGUGGUACCCCUCCGCGCGGCCGGCGGGCUGGACCGGCCACCAGGGCCAGGCGCCGGCGCCACCCGAGAACGUGCGGAUCAAGGUUUUUGCCGACGCGCACGGCGAACUGCUCGUCCCCAACGGCUGGGAAGCCGCGCCUGCCGCGGCAGCGGCGCCCGAGGCCGCGGCGGAUGCGGACGCAGCGGGCGCGACCGGCGCGGCCGCGGAGCCGAGCGCAGACGCCGCGAGCGCCGACGCGGACGCCGACGCGGCGACCGCCGACGCGGCCGAGGUCGUGGAGCGGCGCGAGAACCCGAUCCGCGCGCUCAUUCGCUCGUUCUUCAAGGUCCUGGGCUCGCCCUUUGCCUUGAUCCAAAAGCUCUUCGGCGGCAAGAAGCCGUGACCUGCGAAGAACAUCGGGGGUCGUUCGGGGAUCAAGCAGGGAUGUAAUCGGGAGUGUUCGCCACUGUGCGCAUUUGGGGGGGGCUUGGUGUGCGUUCCUACUGAAUUUCUUAUUGGACACUUGUGUGGUCAUUGUGUCCUCCGUCCACGAUGCGCAGUAAUUGUUCCUUCUUAAAUAGGGGGCGGGGCGGGCGUUCGGUC